AUGUCUGUCUGUGAGGAUAUGCUUCUUUGCAAUUAUCGCAAGUGCCGAGUCAAACUUUCAGGUUAUGCAUGGGUCACAGCCUGCUCACAUAUCUUCUGUGACCAACAUGGCAGUGGGGAGUUCAGCCGUUCACCAGCAGUCUGCCCUGCUUGCACCAGUGCCCUCUCUGGCAAGUUGGAUAUCGUUCGGACAGAACUCAGUCCUUCUGAGGAAUAUAAAGCUAUGGUCCUAGCUGGACUGCGGCCAGAGAUUAUUUUAGACAUCAGCUCCAGGGCUCUGGCUUUCUGGACAUACCAGGUUCACCAAGAGCGCUUGUACCAAGAAUAUACCUAUAGCAAAGCAGAGGGACACCUGAAACAGAUGGAGAAAGUCUAUACACAGCAACUCCAGAACAAAGAUAUGGAGCUGACAUCCAUGAAAAGUGAGGUCUCCUCCCUGAAGAAAGUACUGGAAGAAUAUAAAAAAAAAUUCACUGAGCUCUCAGAGAAGCUCAUGGAGCGCAACCGCCAGUACCAGAAACUUCAGGGUCUUUAUGACAGCCUACGACUACGUAACAUUGCAGUGGCCAGCCAGGAGGCAGGCCAAGAACCUCCCAUGAUGCCACAGCCUGCUGUCUUUGGUUUUCCUUUGGGUAAUGCUGCUAAGCUGUCUGGGUAUGCAACACCUAUCCAAGGUCGGCAUGGUGAUGGCGACUUCCAUUUCAAACCCUUCUUUGCAUCCUCUCCACCAGUGGGCGAGUCUAGCAACAGCUUCUUUUCCUUUGCCUCUCCUGGUAAUGAUUUGGAACCGCAUCCAGGAGACAACAGGGCCUAUAAAAUUAAGAGAAUGUAA